CCCGAACAGGCUCGCGCUCACCCUGAAACAAACAGACGUCAGAGACCUCGCCUUCUCUCUGCAGUUAAUUUUAUUGCAAACUAAUCGGAGCAUUGUUAGCGGGCUUUUACUGCUCCGACUUGCUCUGAAGUCUGCUUCUUGGCAUGCUGACGGUAGCUGGCGGACGAUUAUCGGCUUUUUAGUUUUAAACACCGUGCCUUGGCGGAAAGGAGAGGAUUUCGUUUCAUUUAAGUGACCAUGAAUGACCAGGAAGGUGGUGUGGUGUCCUUUGACGACUACGUGAGGCAGAAGGCCCGGUCUGUGCCCCAGCACCGCAUGAAAGAGUUCCUGGACUCUCUCGCCAAGGGUCAAGAAGUUUUGCAGGAGUUUAGUCAGCAAGGAGGAGCAGCAACCACUACAGCAAUGGUCUACCAGCAACAAGAGGGCAACUGUGUCUACACCGACAGCACAGAAGUUGCUGGCUCUCUUCUGGAACUGGCCUGCCCGGUUCAAGUGACCACAUCUGAGGUUUCCUCCCAACUCCCGGUGCAUCAAGGAUCAAAGCAACAACUUCAAGUACAGGUCCAGAUUCAGGAGCAGCAGGUGCUUCAACAAGAUCUGCAGGGGAUUACAACAACUCAGCUCACAGAGGAGCAGCAGCAGCAGAUUCAGGCACAGCUGGUUGCAGCAGUAUCUGGAGGAGAGCAAAUUCAGUUAACUGGUGCUCAUCAAAUCCAGCAGAUUCAGCUGCCUGAUGGCCAACAUAUUCAGCUUGAAGCUGGCCAGCAGAUCCAGCUUCCAGAUGGUCAGCAGAUUCAGCUACAUGAUGGUCAGCAGAUCCAACUACAUGAUGGCCAACAGAUUCAGCUCCACGAUGGUCAACAGAUCCAGUUGCACGAUGGACAACAGAUUCAGUUACAUGACGGACAACAGAUACAGUUACACGAUGGCCAACAGAUUCAACUGCAAGGUGGACAACAGAUUCAGCUACAAGGAGGGCAACAAAUUCAACUUCAAAGCGGCCAACAUAUUCAACUGCAAGAUGGUCAACAGAUUCAACUACCUGAUGGGCAACAUAUUCAACUCCAAGGUGGCCAACAAAUCCGCAUCCAAACCAUAGAGGCUAUGUCUCCUUCUUUACAGCAGGAUUCCAACAGGGAGGCAGAGAGGCGAUGCGGCACGGUCUCUGCAGUACUACAACCAGCCAAGAAACGUAAGGUCGAUGGCCCCAUUGCAGUGUCCUACACUGUCCCCCAGGGCCAACAAGUAGCCACAGUUCUUGCCAUUCCUCAGGGACAGCAGCAAAGUUAUGUGUCUCUGCGACCGGAUCUUCUCACUGUUGAUAGUGCUCAAUUGUACAGCACUACUGGAACAAUCACAGGCCCCACUGGUGAGACUUGGACAAUUCCUGUUUACUCAACUCCUCAGCAGCAAGGAGUAACUCACAUUACCAUACCACAGGACACGUAUAGCACAGUACAACUUGCGACUACAAACGGUAAAACGAAAACGACUUCGAAUUCAUCAUCAAAGUCUUCAAAUGAGCAAAGUGGGACACAUGAAGAAAUCGUACAGACACUGUUCCCGGCCCAAUUCAUGAAUGGGAAUAUUCACAUCCCUGUGGCUGUGCAGACUGUAGGAGGGACCUACAACACCACUCAGUCGGUCCAAAUAUGGGAUCCGAAUCAACAACACAGCCAAGGAGAGGAUGGAGAACAACAGCAGUUGCACCUUCAGGGACAGGAGUCAGAUGCUAAUGGAGGACAAACUUCAGAAAUUUUGGUGCCGGUUUGUCUUAAACCAGAGGAGGGUCUGGAGGUCUGGCGUCUUUGGGUGAAACGGAAAAACACAGAACUGAGCAAGCAGGAGAAAAUAAAGUUUGCUCCCAUUGGACGUCGCCAACCCCUUCGUUUCCAGGAAGAUCUGGUGUCUAGUGCCGUUGCAGAGUUGAACCUCGGACUUUCCCUGAUGACCAGCGAAGCAAAGGGAUCCGAUCAAGAAACGUUUGCCCCAGAUGUCCUGUUUUAUGUUUUCUUAUGCAUUCAAAAGUAUCUUGCGGAAAAUGGACGUGUGGAUGAUAUUUUCUGUGAUCCGUACUACACCCGCUUCUGUGAGUCUUUACACAAAAUCCUCGAUGGUUGGAAGCCAAGUGUUCACCCCAUGGGUUACAUCAUUCCCAGCCAUGUGACAGAGGAGAUGCUGUGGGAGUGUAAACAGCUUGGUGCACACUCGCCAGGAACGCUGCUCACGACUCUGAUGUAUUUCAACACUAAAUAUUUCCAUCUUACGACACCUGAAGAGCACCUCAAAGUAGCAUUCUCUAAAGUCUUAAGACACACAAGGAAGAACCCUACAAAUCCCAAGGACAAAGCGACCAGCAUCCGCCUCCUGAAAGGUCAAAGUUCACACAGUGUUGGACAGAAAGUUCCAGAUGACAUGUUUGAUGAACAGAUCGAGGACCCAGAGAAUCCUCUUCGUUGUCCCAUUAAACUUUAUGACUUCUAUCUAUUCAAGUGUCCACAAAGUGUGAAAGGACGCAGCGACGCCUUCUACAUGACGCCGGAGCACGUCGUGGCACCCAACAGCCCCAUGUGGUACUCACCGAUGCCUCUUACCAGUCAGCAAGUGGAGCAGAUGCUGUCCCGCAUCAUCGUGGUCCGGGAGAUCCAGGACAUCAUAAAUUCUGAGCAUGUUCUCAAGUGAUGGUCGGGACCAACGGAAGACGAUGAUAAUCCUCUCAGUGUUGACUCGGCAGUCAAGAAACUGUUUUUCUCAAAUCAGACUGUACGCUUGAUAGAGCGCCGCCUCUCUGACAGGAGCAAAUCACGGACGUUUGAGACCUGUCCGAGGCGUUUUUUUUCAAUUUGGGUUUCCAGUUGGUACAUCUGUUGGCAAGAAUUGUAAGCUUUUGUUUUUGCUAUAUCAAGCAUUGCAAAUUGUUUUCACAGCAAGAGGACUGGAGCAAAGAUGGUGAUUGUCUCACUUGAAUGACCCUGUUAACUGAAAUUAGAUCAUCUUAAUGUCAUGAUUCUCUGAUUAAAACAUAUUCCAGUAUGA